GCUGGAAAACACGAGAAAAAACUUCAAAGACACAAUUGACAAGAUGGAGAUUGAUAUGAAAGAGGUGAAAGAAAAGCUUACUAGUCUGACGGCCUCAGUUGAAAAAAGCACACAAGAAGGGUCUCUUGAGAAAAUAAUAAGCAAAAUGGAAAAGAUGGACAGCGAACUGAAAGAAGUGAAGGAAAAGCGAUGUACUUCGACGGCCGGAGUGGGAGAAAUCAAGGAUAAAGGAAGAUUCCAACAUUCAGUGAGAGAGACACUUAUAAGAAUGGAGAACGAAAUGAAAGAGAUGAAGGAAAAGCUGGUUUCCCUGAUGGCUUCAGCAGAAGAAUGCAGAGAUCGAGGUAUCUUUGAUCCUACUGAGCUUAUCAAUGGAAUUCGCCAGCUUUACAAGACUCGCGAAGGAUGGCUCUCACCCUUUCCAUGGUGUGAAGAGUUUCAGUUAUUUCUUGGCGAUAUUUUUACAAGGCUCAAAGUGGUCAGAAGAAAGAAAACGAGAGGACAAAUCACUGACGUAUUUCUUGACAUGUCAUCAAUACUAGACCCGCAUGAAGAGUGUUCAGCACCGAGAACAGUGUUGAUUGAAGGAGAACCUGGUAUGGGAAAAACCACCUAUUGUAAAAAGUACGUCUACGACUGGGCCACAAAAAAACAACAAUCUCGGGGCUGCGGCUCAACAGUAUUCAAAUUAGUACUGUUGCUGAAAUGUCGAGAUAUCCAUUCUGACGUUUGGGAAGCUAUUGAUGAUCAGCUUCUGCCCCGAGACAUUGAUGAAGAAGUCAAACAACAAUUCUUUGAGUUUAUUCGUGAAAAUCAGGCCAGUAUUUUAUUGAUAUUGGAUGGAUUGGACGAGUUACCUUCCAGCAAAUUGUCGAUGUUUUGCGAAUUAAUUGAAGGAAGGGGACUCCCCAGAUGCCACUUAGUUGCAACAGCAAGACACGAAGCUGGAAAAGAGGUGAGAAGAUGUUGUGACACUCUACUUCAGAUCGAAGGAUUCACUGAAAAGCAUGUGAAAGGAUUUGUCACCAAGUACUUUAAAGAAAGGACGGAUUUAGCCACCAAGCUCUCGCAACGGAUGUCGCGAGAUAAAAACCUUAGAGAAAUAGCAGCCAAUCCUCUAAACACAGCACUACUUUGCCUUCUAUGCGAAGAGUUUGAGGGCACACUUGCCGAAAGCAGAACUCAACUGUACUUGGAUAUGGUUGAAUGUGUUUUGAGAAGACACAGAAAAAAGAAGGGGCUAUUAGAAACGAGCGAAGACCUGACAAACCAUUACAAACCGCAAUUGAAUCACCUUGGAAAGGUAGCGUUGAAUGGUUUACUUGACGACAAGUUGGAUUUUCAUGAAACUCAAUUGGAAAACCAUGCAGAAGAGUUGACUGAAUUUGGAUUUCUGUCAGUGCAGCCUGGUAGCAGCAAACUGAGACAAACACUGCAUUAUGCUUUCUUACAUAAAAGUUUUCAAGAGUUCUUUGCAGCAUUCUUCAUUUGUGCUCAGAUUCAACGCAAGGAAAUUAAACUUGAAGAACUAGUUUCCGAUCGAAGGUAUUUCGUUGAACUUAAACAAGUACUUUUGUUUUCGUGUGGAAUUUUAGCCAUGAAAUGCGAUGAAAACGUUGUGGCCCUUGUAAAGAAUUUAACAAAUGAAGUCAACAAAAAUAAAGGCCGUGGUACAAAAAUUGUAUUAGAGGCUAUCAACGAAUGUAAAAGAGAAAAAAGCGAUUUUCACUCGCAUUUAUCGAAGUCUUCCUGGUAA